AUGCCCAUAGCUGAUGCAUCGUUGUACGAUUUAAUUACCAUGAUCAAAUUAUUGUAUUAUAAAAAUUUGGAAAACAAUAGACAGUCUAUUGAAAAUCAUCCGAUCCUUCAACUGUAUCAUUGGUUCAUUGCCUGUGAAUUGUUCAAAGAGAUAGCACAGGGAGUCAACUAUUUGCAUACACAAAGUCCGGUAAUAUUGCAUUUGGAUCUCAAACCGAGAAACAUAUUGAUUAGACUAUCGGAGCCGUCAACUAUUGUAUGCAAGAUAUGCGACUUUGGACUUGCGGUUCACGAAAAUACUGUACAUUUAGCUGCGACGGGCGGUACUCCUGCUUAUAUGGCACCGGAAGGUAUAGCCAGUGGUGUCAAAGCAGAUAUCUAUAGUUUGGGAGUUGUAUUACGCAAUUUGUUUGAUAAUUUUGUGGCCAACGAGGACUCAAUGAGCAGUCAUAGUGUUAAUGUUGGUAUAAAACCUUUAACAGUAUUGGACGAUAAAAUCAAUUCAUUGAAACAAUUGCAAAACAAUAUGACACACGGCGUCUACACUGUUAGGCCGUCCAUACAGCAGGUCAUUGAAUGUCAACAUCGAUGGGAUUCAACACAUUUGGCAAAACGGUUGGCAAUAAAUAGCCGUACAAUCAAUAUAUCUUUUGGUACAGUAGUUCGUAUGGCAGCUACAAGUCAUCAAUCAUUGUCCUCGUUAUCUAAACAACAACAACACGUGUACCGCAUGUCGUUGACUACGUGUCAAUCAUUGUACGACCGAAAAACAUUUAGAUGA